AUACCAACAAUUUACGUUUAGUACCUAUGUAUGUUUAUUUGUUUGUGAAUUUGCAAUGCAUGAUGCAAAUCGGUGCAAAAUUAGAAUGGUUGCAGUUUAGAUACCAUUCCGAUACUUAAGUAGCAAGUCGUAAGCGACUUUUUAAUUCAUAAUAUUUUCUCAGAUUAUUUAGGCAUGGGAUUCAUUCAUUAUAGUGUUAAAUAUAUGUUUUCACCCCGUUCACUUGAAUACACCGAUACUAACAGGAGAUCAGGGAGACUUUUUCUUACUUGUAGCGACAUCUAUGAAGGGGUGCAAAAACUAAAUAUCACCUUAAGAUGCCAUGCGCACAACCUCCGUAACCUAGCAAGUGAUUAUAUACAUUAUAUUAUUAUGAUAAAGUUUGAAUUCGCUUGCGGCUUUCACGCGUGCGCCUUUAGAUUGAUUUUCAUUGUCGCUGUGAAGUUGACAGAUGCGUGUUUUGGAAAUUUAUUUACGUUUAUUAAAAGGUGGAAAAUAAGUGUUAGAUUCAACAAUAAUGAAGAUUGAAGCAUUCAUGAUACUGUUCCUGUCCUCGCUGGUCUCUGCACUGCGCCGCGGACCACAUCAUCCCCACGGGCAGUCGCCAGUGGAUCAGAAACACCACCACUACAGACCGCCGCGUAGUGCGGAGUCGCUCACGUCAGACGCUCAACUACUUCACGAUGUACAACACAUAGAAGAAGACUCCAAAGUAUUGACUCCUGAAGCGCUUGCAAAGAUGACACCUGAAGAACUGGAGUUCCACUAUUUUUCUGCACACGAUUUCGACAGAAACUCUAAAUUAGAUGGACUAGAAUUACUAAAGGCGGUGUAUCAUACGAUAGAACACGAAGCUCACGAUCCUGACGACGAUUCCUCUAUAGAGCCUGAAGCAAACGAACUUGAUGCCUACAUAGCGCUUGUGGACCGCACGCUGCAAUCUGAUGACACGGAUGGCGACGGUUACGUGUCGUACGCGGAGUACCGCGCCGCUCGCGCCAACAACCCCAGUGGGCGGACGCCGCGGGUGCUCGCUGCUGACUCUCCGCCUUAACAUUGAUUAUUGGAAUUAUUAGACUAAAGACAGGUUGAUGAAAUCUUAGGUCACGUGUUUAACGUUGACUGGUCCGUCUAAACAGCGAUACAAGAGAUGCAAACCGCCUGCCCUAGCUCUAAAGUAUAGGUACAUAAGUUUCACUUGGCUAUAUAACCUUAUUUUCUAUCAAUCUGAUGAAAAGUUAUAAGGUAACAAAAUCUAAAUGGAUUUAUGAGAAUCGUUAUAAUUUUAUUAGUUUUAGUAAGGAAGACGUUCUAGUUUUCAUCACUGUCCCAGUACAUGUCAUAUUUAAACUGAAGUUUGGUCAAUAUAGGUGCCAGUAGGGUCUCAUGUAAUAUCUAGGUAUUUGGCAUUAGCAUAUCGAUCGCUAGGUCGUUAACCUUAAAUGCCAAAAUUAUGGAGGGUAAAGGUAAGGAGAACAAUCUCUUAUGGGAGAGCUGUUGCAAAAGCGUCCAGCUGGCAGCUGUAAAUAAUAGUUCAAAAUCUCUCCGGUGGUGCUAGGGGAGCACAAGGACAUGAACUUACCCCCUUAUUCAUAAACGUCUACUAAAGUUGACAAGCCGCUAAUAAUCGUUUGUCCCUUUCCGACUACACUCCAUAGCCAAAAUGAUGGUAUGACAAUAAAAUUAGAUACAAUUUUAAAAACGGAAUUGAUUGAGCCUGUCUAACGUUAAUUUAUAGUGUUUAGAAUAAAAUUAUAAUUUAGGUAAUUAUAAGAAACAGUGACCAAGAUUUUCUUAGUAAGGAGUUGUGAUCAAUGUCUGCGGUUUAUUAUUCUUAUCUUUAAUAUUGCCUAAGCUUAUCGCAUAACACAUGUGCGAAACAUAAUUACAUUUUUGUCUUAUUCUA